AUGUCUGCAAAUAUCCGAUCGGAUCGAUUAGCCAAAUACUUGGGAGCUGUUCUUCAUGGAAAGCAAACCGUCCAGGAUACUAACAGCUUCAAGAGAUUCAUAGAGGCUAUUCUGGACCGACAGGAUCCCAGUGUUACUAUUGAACGACUUGUAGCGAGCCCGAGUGCUUUGGGCGCCCUUCGAAAUGGCCUGAGGUUCAACCUCACACCCACCUUCAUCAAUGGAUACACAUCCAAAUUUAUCCAGUUCUUGAACAAACCAGAGGUCAAACUUCUCUGCAAUGGCCUAUUUCUCGAACAGCUUCUUCUGAUCAUCUUGGAGCCCCGAACUCUCUGGAAUUCAUUCGUGGAUGCAUUUUCUAGCCGAAAGCUGGAUGACGACGCCAUCCAUGCUCUAUGUUGGCUGACAACGGAGCUCUUGUCAUUGCCGGCUUCAUCAGCAGUUGAUAUUACAGCUGAUGCUCAUACCAUUGUAAAAGAUGGGUCUCUUGUUUCGUCGUCUUCUGUUUCAUUACGCAACCUGGGGCAUAAGAUAAAGUACCUCUUGGAGAUUAAAUCAUCUGCCUCGGCUCUCCCAUCAUCAGAAAAUACAGCAGGUGGUCGGCAUGAUAACGAUUUUCUUGAUUUUCGUCGAAUUACUAUUUUGCCCACGGCAGAUGAAAUGGGAUGUACCGAAAAACCCUUUUAUCGCAGUGCGGAUGAGAUCGCGCAGCUAUCUGGCAACCAGCGCAUCGCUGCGCAUGUGGACAACCAGUUUCGACUUCUACGAGAAGACAUGCUCUCGGUGUUGCGGGAUGACAUCCAGGUUGCGAGAGGCACGAAAAAAGGACGACGAUCGGCCUUCCGUCUCGGAGGCCUCUCUUUGGCCCGUAUCUCCUGUGUUUCAGCAGGUCCGAAACGCCUUCGCCCAUGCACCGUUGGUGUCACCGCCAAGUCAGGGCUGGGUAGGCUUAAUGACCUUUCGAAAGAAGAGAAAGAAACCCUCCUGAAAAACAACUCCAAUUUUGUCAAACAUAAUGCAUUUGGAUGUUUGUUACGGGGCACGGAAAUUGUAGCGUUUGCUACGAUUGACAGAAAUAUUGACGAUUUGACGUCUACUCCACCAGUAGUCAUGCUACGAAUUGCAGGAAUGGAGGCACUAAAGAAGUGCAUUCUUUUUCUCAAGCUUUACGAUGACAUGGAGUUCUUGGUUGUUGAUACACCUACGUUUGCCUACGAGCCAAUCUUGAAAUGUCUACAAGAGAGACCGGAAUUCCCUCUAAGAGAAGAGUUGUUUCUCUAUAAAAAAGAUGAUCCAGUAAAGGAGUCAAACAUCGCCCCGAGGCCUAUAAUCAAUGAGUUGAACGAGGCCUAUAGGCGCAAUAUUCAACACAUCCUAAAUACCAGACAACCCAUUACAUUGGACCCAUCACAGCUUGAGUCUCUGUUGGCGGGAUUGACCCAAAGGGUCAGUCUUAUCCAAGGCCCUCCAGGUACCGGGAAGUCUUUCAUAGGGGCCCUUCUUGCCAAGGCUCUCCAUGAUAAUACCAAAGACAAGAUAUUGGUCAUGUGCUACACAAACCACGCUUUGGAUCAAUUUUUGGAAGAUUUACUGGACAUUGGAAUCAAACCAUCAAGCAUUGUCCGACUAGGCUCGAAGUCCACACCCCGAACUCAGCCGCUGACCCUGAAGGAACAAAAGAAAACCGCAAUAAGAACCAAAUUAACUUGGGACACCAUCAGAGCUCUCGAGAGUGAUGGAUAUGAGCAGACAGACAGUUUGAAUGAGUCAUUUGCAGCAUAUCAGACGCAGGCAGCAGAUUCAUUAUCGAUAUUGGAGUACCUGGAAUUUGAAGACUCGGAGUACUUUGAUGCCUUCACCAUACCAGAGGCUGAAAAUGGAAUGACCAUGGUAGGGAAGAAGGGGAAAGCAGUCGGAAAAGACUAUCUUUAUAAUCGAUGGAUCAAGGGUAAAUCUGCAAAUCCUUUUACUGAAUUGCUACCAGCUCAAUGUCGCAGCAUAUGGGCAUUGGAGCAGAGAGUCAGAGAUGAGAAGGUUCAGAACUGGAAGCGAGCUUUGCUAGAGGAACAAGCUUCAUCUUUGGCAGUGGAAAUGACAUUGUUCGAUAAGUGCCAAGAAAAACUGUCUGUGAUUUUUGGUGAGAAGACUCGCGAAGUUCUGAAAAGGAAGACAAUAAUCGGAUGCACAACAACGGCUGCGGCAAUGUACUCUGAAGAUAUACGAUCCGCACAUCCCGGGAUCGUGUUGCUUGAAGAGGUGGGGGAAAUCCUCGAGUCACAUGUUCUCACAGCAAUAUCUCCUGAGACAAAGCAUUUGAUUAUGAUCGGGGAUCAUUUGCAACUUCGGCCAAAAAUAAAUAGCUACAGCCUGAGCUUGGAAAAGGGGGAUGGCUAUGAUCUCAACGUGUCUCUUUUCGAGAGGCUCAUUCACACUGGGUAUCCGCAUACAACAUUACUGAAGCAGCAUCGAAUGUGUCCUGAGAUAUCAAGUCUUGUACGCUCUCUUACCUACCCCGGACUGGAAGACGACGACAAAACCAAAUGUCGUCCUGAGCCACGAGGACUGUGUGACCGGGUAAUUUUCUUCAAUCAUACAAAUCUUGAAGAUAGCUUCCUAGAAAUCUCUGAUCAACGAGACGAGGGAGCGAAUCAGUCUAAGCAGAACUUUUUCGAAGCUGAGAUUGUGUUGAAGAUCGUCAAAUAUCUUGGACAGCAAGGAUACGGAACAGACAAACUGGUUGUCCUCACGCCGUAUCUCGGUCAACUUUCCCUUCUCAGGCAGACUUUGAGCAAGACGAAUGAUCCGGUAUUGAAUGACCUUGACUCUUAUGAUCUUGUGCAGGCCGGUCUAUUAUCACAGGCAAGUGCCAAUUACUCUAAGCGACCGAUCAAGCUAUCAACAAUUGACAACUACCAAGGAGAAGAGAGCGAGAUAGUAAUAGCAUCACUCACUAGGAGCAACAAAAAUGGUGACAUAGGAUUCAUGGCAGCCCCAGAACGACUUAACGUGCUUCUUUCUCGUGCACGAGAUAUCCUAAUCAUUGUGGGCAAUUCGGAAGCAUUUGUGUCUAGUCGAAAAGGACAAAAGACCUGGAAACCAUUCAUCGAUCAAAUCAAAGCCAAUGGUCAUUUAUAUGAUGGGUUGCCUGUUCGAUGUGAGCAGCACCCCAAUAAGACUACCAUACUUCGGAGUAAAGAGGACUUCGAUAUAGAAUCGCCAGACGGUGGAUGCUCGGAACCUUGUGGUGUCAAGCUAAGCUGUGGAAUUCACCAAUGCCCGUCCAAAUGCCACCAGCUCGCCGAUCACUCGAAAAUGGAGUGUAAAAAGAUUGUCAAAUGGAAAUGUCCUCGUGAUCACACUUUAUCACUGCCAUGUUCCAGGGUCAAGGGUGCAUGCCGCUUCUGCAUCCAGGAAGACUUGAUAAAGAAGCGGAACCUUGAACGUGAUGUCAAGCUCGAGGCAGCACGACAGAAAAAACAAGCUGAGUAUGCUCAACAGUUAGCCGAGCUCCAAGAUGAAGCUUCCCAUUUGAGACGUCUAAGAGGUAAUGCAUCCAUCGAUGCGGAACAAGCUAAAGUUCUUAAGCAAUAUCGCGUGGAAAUCGAAGUGUUGAAGAAUCCACCGAAACCGGCCGAAAACAUAGUCUACACCAAAAUUUCGGGCCAUGGGACUGCAAGAACAUCCCUCCCAGAGCCAGCAACCCCUAGGAAUGUCAAAGAUUACCCCAAAAUACCUGGUGACGAACCCCGGGAGAAGCCGAAGAACCGAGAACCAAUGCCGAAAAUUCCACCAUCAGAAGCCAAGAUCGACUGGGAAUGGCAAAAAAGUUAUCAUAACGCCAGGAGCUCAGAAAUUGAUGAUUUGAUGGCCAUGGUCGGACUAGAGUCCGUGAAAGCAAAAUUCUUGGCCAUUAAAGCGAAAACAGACCUUGCUAUCAGACAAAAUGUUGAUUUGAGUCAUGAGAGAUUUGGAACCGUGCUUCUUGGUAAUCCUGGGACCGGCAAGACAACGGUUGCUCGGCUUUAUGCCAAAUUUCUGGCGGCCAUGGGAAUUAUACCUGGAAACAAAUUUGUCGAGACAACGGGAUCGAGACUCGCGAACGAGGGCGUUUCGCGAUGCCAGAAACUUAUCGAAGAUCUCCUUAAAGAUGGCGGAGGGGUUGUCUUUAUUGAUGAGGCCUAUCAACUCGUUCAGGGUAGCAGCUUCGGAGGUGGUCAGGUCCUCGACUUUCUUUUGGCCGAAGUAGAGAACCUCACUGGGAAGAUUGUCUUCAUUCUCGCUGGAUAUCAGAGGCCAAUGGAGAAAUUCUUUGCUCAUAACCCUGGACUUCCUAGCCGUUUCCCUCAUGAGCUGAAGUUUGCAGAUUUUGAAGACGCGGAGUUGAUGCUUAUUCUAGAAAAAUGGAUCGAAAAGACAUACAAAAAGCAGAUGAAAAUUGAUGGUGGGCCCGGCGGACUUUAUUGUCGUAUCGCUGCUCGGCGAAUUGGACGUGGACGCGGGCGCGAUGGCUUUGCAAACGCGAGAGCUGUUGAGAAUGCCAUGGUCAAGAUCUCUGAACGACAAUCUAAGCGGUUAGCCGAAGAAAGACGAAAGGGCUCUGCGCCAGUCGACGACUUUUUCCUUGAUAGGCAGGACAUGAUCGGUCCGGACCCUUCGCAAACUCUGAAAUCAUCCAAGACAUGGCAGAAGCUGCAAAAGAUGAUUGGCUUGGUUGAAGUAAAAAAGACAGUGCAAGCCCUUAUAGACACAGUUCAGUUCAACUAUCAGCGUGAGAUAGAUGAGCAACCUCUAGUUGAGUACAGCCUCAACCAAGUUUUUCUAGGAAACCCAGGAACUGGCAAAACAUCAGUCGCGAAGAUCUAUGGCCAAAUCCUUGUGGACAUUGGGCUUCUAUCCAAUGGCGAAGCCGUCGUAAAAAACCCAUCCGAUUUCAUCGGAAGCGUGAUGGGAGAAUCUGAAAAAAACACAAAAGGUAUUCUCGCAGCCACAUUGGGAAAAGUUCUUGUCAUCGAUGAAGCCUAUGGGCUCUUUGCUGGAGGGACUUCCAAUGGCGCAGGAGCUGCAAGUGACCCAUACAGAAGUGCAGUCGUAGAUACUAUAGUAGCCGAAGUACAGAGCACACCUGGUGAUGAUAGAUCUGUUCUUCUCCUGGGGUACAAGGACCAAUUACAGCAGAUGUUCCAAAAUGUCAAUCCCGGUCUCAGCCGGCGCUUCCCCAUGGACCAGGCUUUUGUCUUUGAAGACUUCACUGGGAAGGAGAUGGACAUGAUUCUUGACCUAAAACUGACGGAACAGGGAUACGAAGUCACUGACCGUGCUCGCCGUGUCGUAUCGGAGAUGCUUGAGCGAGCUCGGAAUCGGCCUCACUUUGGCAAUGCUGGCGAGAUUGACAUUCUGCUCAACAAAGCGAAAAUGCAUCAUCAGAGGCGCCCAGUUUCUAAUGCUGUUCUCGAUGCUGUCGACUUUGAUGAGAACUUUGAGCGUGCCGAUAGAAGUGACACUAAUGUUUUGAAGAUGUUCGAAGACGUGGUAGGAUGCGAAAAUAUCGUUUCCAAACUCCAGGGCUAUCAGCAGAUGGUCAAGAGUCUUAGACAGCUGAAAAUGAACCCCCGCGAGCAGGUGCCGUUUAACUUUGUGUUUCGGGGACCUCCUGGAACUGGUAAGACCAGCACGGCCAGGAAGAUGGGCCAGGUGUAUUACGAUAUGGGACUCUUAGCUUCGACCGAGGUAGUCGAAAUGUCAGCAACGGAUCUUGUGGGCCAAUACGUUGGGCAAACAGGCCCAAAGACCCAGAGUGCCCUAGAACGUGGCCUUGGAAAGGUCCUCUUCAUAGACGAAGCAUACCGUCUUGCUGAGGGGCAAUUUGCUAAAGAAGCUAUGGACGAGCUAGUGGACUGCAUCACCAAGCCUAGAUUUGCCAAAAAGCUAAUCAUUGUUUUGGCCGGAUACGAUGCAGAUAUAAACCGACUUAUGUCCAUCAAUCCUGGCCUUACCAGUCGUUUCCCGGAGUCUCUUCAAUUCGACUCUCUAUCACCAAAAGAUUGCAUUCACCUACUCGUUGAGCUCUUAUCAAAACAGAAAAAGGAUCUUUUCAAGAACUCACAGACGAAUUUCGACAUCACCUGUUUGCAUUGCUCAGAUGCUGGUCUUACCAGCGAAUUGACCCAGGCAUUUGAUAGUCUGUCCAAAACUGCAAGCUGGGCUAAUGCUAGAGACGUUGGCACACUGGCAAAGGCAAUCUUUGGGAAGACUGUGAAGACGAUGCAAAGUACUAGUUGCAAAGAACUGGUAUUAAGCAAGGAAACAGUGAGGGAGGAGGUGAAUUCCAUGAUUACCGAGCGGUCCAGUCGUGAGAAUUUUCAGGCACAGCAUUCCUUCACCGGACUGGACAGCGGCGAGAAAACGGCGCUGCCUCUACGUACUCAACAUGCGAACCCACUUAUGGCUCAUAUACAAGCCCGAAACGUUGAAUCAGAUGUUGUGUCUAACGCCAAGGUUGAUGAAGUGGUACAGCCUAGCACGAAGCAACAUAAUUUAAUCUCUGAGCGUGACACCGGUGUCACAGACGAGGUUUGGAACCAAUUAGAGAAAGACAAAAUGGCGGCUGAAGCAAGAGAAAAGGAGUACUCAAGUAUGAUGAAAAAUGAGGAGGAACAAAAAAGGGAGAUACAGAGGCUGAAAGAAGAGGAGGAUCUGGCGGCACGUCAAGUCGAGGAAGCAAGACAGCAAGAAAAGGAAGAUUUAAGGAGACGCCACGAGCAAGCACGAUUGCUCCAUGAAAUAGAACGGAGGAAGCAGGAAGCGAUUGAAAAGGAACGACGAGCAUUAGCUAAGGCCCGCCGUAAGGAACAAGCUAAUCAGGAAAAGCUUCGGAAAAUGGGGGUUUGUGUUGCAGGAUUUCGGUGGAUCAAACAAACUGGUGGGUAUCGAUGUGCUGGUGGCAGUCAUUGGGUCUCGGAUGCACAGCUUCGGUAA